AUGGCGAACUUUCGAGGUUCACAGUGAGUAUAUUUUACACGUCUUUGCUCCAAAUACCCUAAUUAUCUGAGUUCCUUUAGUGCGACAUGGUUUUGUAAUUGUUUUUUUUUUUGUUUUUUGACAGUAACUUUAGACCAGAAGAUGGUGAUCAAGAUGCGCCGCUGUAUAACGGUUACUUAUUUCAGAGAGGUCGAGAGCAAGAGAGAAAUCCGCAACCACCACCACAACCAACGUACCCUCCUUAUCCUUAUUAUUUAACUGGAAACCCAAGAAUACCUUUACAGUACGUUCGUGAGCCUGCUCCGCGAUCUUGUAGUCCAAUGCCUGGAUGUUCGGAGCCAUCAGCCGGCAUUUCUCAAGCUGAAACAUGUGGUAAGAAGGGAGAAAAGUACCGACGUACAAGUUGGGAACCUGCUAGCCUGCGUGGCAGGCGUUUGAAAGGGAAAGGAAAGGGAGUUUUAGGUGCGAGAGAAACGCGAGGGGCGCGCGAGGAGGGAGGGAGGGAGGGAGGGAAACGCCUGCCAGGAAACCAUUGUUUUCGCCAUCCCGCCUACUAAUUAUGUAUGCAAAAAUAACGCAACUGUGAAUGACUAACUGUCAAAUAAGUCUGGCCGCGAUGCGUUUAUUUACGUCAUAUUUCGCGUGCUGUUUUUCUUUUGUUUUCCUAAAACAAGAUAUCUGAAGUAAAGGUACUAUUAAAAAAAGUACAAAUGCGGUGGUCCGUUGAGGGAAGAAAGUCGCAACCAUGCGUGGCUUGUUAUAUAAAAUACAGCAUAAAUCUAUUACGUUUUUGCUGAAGGUAUCGUGUUGGACUUCCCAACUUGCAUGCAAUGUUUGUCGGUGAAAUUAAUUGCAAACACACUGCUGACUCUCGAACUGGAUCCAGCGGAGCAUACAAAAGAACGCUGGUAGCAGGGGAAAGAAGAGCUGAACUUCAAAGAUCUCCAAAAUAAGGCUAAUUCUGCAAUCAAUAUUAUUAUCAAAGGAAGUUCCUGGCGGCUUUAUAACGUCUAUAACCAGCAAGAAGAAGUCCUCAAACCAAAAAUCACUAAGGAUUAUAGAUCGCUUCGUCUUCAACGAUCUGGUCGUUGAUAAAGCAUAGCCUACGUGGUAGGCGUUUGAGGUCAAACAGCAGAUAACAAACAAGCAUACAGGAAGCAUGAUUUUUUCUUUCUUUCUUCUAGUGAGCAAAACAAGCCGUUGGGAGGCAAGACUUCUCAAAACCAGUCAGCAAAACUCAUCUAGCCCACAAGUCUUUUCCUUCAAAGAGUCUUUUAACUGCUUUCUUCUAUUCUCCUUUCAAGCUGAAAUAGAUGCCUUCAGUUUCUAAUCGUUCUAAAACGACGAAUUCCAUACAGAAAUCUGAUCACGCCUCACUAACAACAUAAAAAUGAUUACUGAAAGAUCGAUUAAGUUACUCAGUAGCGUGAUGUUGAUUUCAGCCAAUCGGAUUAAGGUAUCAAGGCUGUGAUUGACAUGUUUUGAAGACAGACCAAUCAGGAUUUAAACAUUCGCCUGGUGGAUGUUAAAAACAAGAAAAACAAUGGUCUCCUGGCAGGCGUUUCCCUCCCUCUUUCCUCGCGCGCCCCCCGCGUUACUCUCGCACCUAAAACUCCCUUUCCCUUCCCUUUCAAACGCCUGCCACACAGGCUAGGAACCUGCAGAAGUACGUAGCUUGAUUGUAGCUUACCGGGACAACUACGAUCGCCUAAGGUCUACAAAGAGUAGCCAUGGGAAGAAAAGCGUGUGGGAUUCAAUUAUGGAAGAUUUUCUGAGUUUAUGCAGCGACGCUGGAAUAGAAACUGAGAAAACAUUAGCCCGAGUCAAAGAGAAAUGGAGGUCUUUGUUCGACAAAUACAAAGCUGUCAAAGAUAACAACAACAAAACGGGAAGGGAUCGUAGGACCUUUUAG